GCCGGAUAUAUUAUCCGGAGUUUUUCACAGCGGUUUCACGAUUGAGAUUCAUUCAGGAGUUGUGGCGUUCGUGGGCAUUAGACUUGGAAUCACUCCUCACCAUGACGGCGUCCAACGAUGCAUCGCUCGAAGAACAAAGGCAGCUCCAUGAUGAAGCGAUGGUGCACGUGAAUGCUGGUGUUGCGGCGCGAAACAGUGGGAACAGUGAAGCGGCCAACAGUGCGUUUGCCAUCGCCAUGGACUUGCUGGAAAGGGGCUUGGCGCUCAAAUUCUCAAAAGCCGACGACGAAUCGUCGAUCCGUCUUGGCAAGAAGAUGGCGCGAUAUUUGGACAUGAUUCGAGGGCAGGUCUCCAAGACGGGCGACGGUGGAGCGAUGCCCAAGUUAACACGGUUCAACAUCAUCGACCUGGAGAACCCUCCCGAGCGGUAUGCGCCGGUCCUGACGUUGUUGCACUCGUCGUCGAUCCAUGGCAACAUCUUCGACUCCAUGAAAUGCAUCUUUGGCUUCCAGGACAACAACGCGAAGAAUCAAAUGGAGCACUUGACGCUGCUUUUAACCAACUACAAGGAGAGCUUGGAAACCCCCGCGCCUGUCCCAGCGAAGAAAGCACCCAAGCAGCGACGACCGAACGACGACCUUCCCAAGGACGAACACGACGCCGCCAUCCAAGCCGUGACAAAGCUACACGCUCGCCUCUUUGAUAACUACAUCAAGUGGUGCAAGUACCUCGGAGUGAAGCCUUCCUUCUCCGCCGAGCCAUUGGCGGACUUGGUCUUGUUCUUCCUCAUAUGGGGCGAGGCCGCCAACUUCCGCCAAACCCCCGAACUGCUCUGCUUCUUGUUCCAUUCGUUGUGCGCAACGCCUCAACCAACGUUGACGCCCAAGGAGUCUGGCGCGUUCCUCACUUCAAUCAUCCGCCCCAUAUACGACGAAGUGAAGAAGGACAACGACAAGAAGACGCCGCUCGGCGAACGCGCGCCGCACAAGGACAUCCGCAACUACGACGACUUUAACGAGUUCUUCUGGAGCAAAGCAUGCCUCAAGUAUGACGCCUACAACAUCAAGGAAGCGCUGGGCGCCGUGGACAAGAAGGGCAACCCGAAGGACGCCAAGAAGACGUUCAUCGAGACGCGGUCAUGGGCGCGGGCGCUGUGGUCGUUCCGGCGCAUCUUCCUCUUGAACUUCACGCUCUUUUGCGCGGUCGUGGGGUUUGCACUCAACAUGGCGCUGCUGUGUCCAGAGAGUCCCAUCAUGUACGGCCCCGACAUGGGCAAGGAACUGGUGCUCUUUGGCAAGUACUACUACAACCCCAAAGCCCGGUACAGUCUUGCCAACGACGACAGCACGACCACCUCGGGUCUGUGCAACCUCCCCAAGCUAGCGACAUGUCUGGGCGUGUCCAACUUUGUGGUCGGCCAGACGUUCAGCGUGAUUCCCCAGGACUUUAAGAUGCUUCUGGUGGACGUGCCGUUCCAGCCGUGCAUGGAGCUCUUGUCUGGGCGCUGUGCAUGCUACUUGGACACUUUGGACCGGUGCUUGAGCCAAGUCGGGUCGGGGAAAGCGCUCGUGUCGGAUGCUUCCUCGGGCAACACUCGCGACUUUAAGAUGGUCAAGUACGACCAGACAAAGUGCAUGCCGGCGUGGAGAAAGGCCGCGUACGCCGUGAUCAACGACGCGGGCCCGGGCCUGCUCAACUGUGCCGUGUGCAACAUCCAAGCGCCGACGCUCGUGCCCAACUUGAUGGUGAAACUCAUCGACACGAGUCGUACCGACAUGGGGCCGCUGGUGUUUGGCGGGGGCGUGGGGCUCGUGGGGCUGUUUCUCGUGGGGGAAGUGAGCAACCGACUCUUCUCGGGGCUGUUCAUCGGGUACGUGGGCCGCAGCCUGCCCGUGCCGUGCUGCGGGUACCUCCGGUACGCUUGCUUUUGGCUCAUCUUGUUCACAGUCAAGCUCCUCUUUGGGUACACGUUUAUGGUCAAGAACCUCGUCGAGACAUCGCUCAUGAUUUGGAUGUCCGACUCGACCAAGUACCUCCAAGUGUCCAACUUUAUGCUCCAGGUGACGUUUCACAACAUCGCGUACAUUGGGUUCCUCUGGCUGCCUGCGUUUAUCGUGUUCAUGUACGACGCGCAGAUCUUCUACGCGCUCUUUUCCGUCGUCGUGGGGUCCGUCCGCGGCUUCAACCUCCGCAUCGGCGAGCUCCGAUCGUUCCGCAUCUUGCGCUUGGCAUUCAAGGAUAUUCCGCGCAUGUUCAAUUACAAGUUGGUUUCAAAUGCCAUCGAAUCCAAAGUGUCUCAGCAAGCCAUCGACGCCCCACACUCCAACACACAAAUUGCCAAGAAGAAGACGACGAUCUCCCCAGUAGUAUGUCCCACCGCCACUAUCGACGAGCAGCCCCUUCGCAUCCAAACGACGCUGUACUCUGGCGCGACAGACGACGACACCCCCACUAGCCAAAGCGGCACCACCAAUCGGAGCUGCUUUGGCUCGGUGGUGACGGGCAUCGACGGUGACGAGUUCCUUCGCGUGAUUCCGUUUGCGAUGGCAUGGAACCACUGCCUCCGCAGCAUGCGCGAGGCUGAUGUGUUGAGCAAUCGAGAGCUGAGUGUGUUGAGCUACCUGAUCGAAGGCGACGAUGACGCCAGCUCGAGACGGCGGCUGUACCCGCCGGCGUUCCUCACGGCUGGCAAACUGGACGAGUCGCUGGACAUCAUGGCCGAGUGCGGACACGUGUAUAAGCGGCUCUUGACCGACAAGAAGAAGGAUGUGGCGCUGGCCAAAGUGGAGCUGUCCAUGCACCAGCGCGUGACAAAGGACAGCUUGCGCGUCGAAGCGUGCGUCGGGUCGUUCAAGUUUACGGUGCGGGUGCUGCAGCUGCUUCUAGGCGACGCCCACGCCGAUAUGGCCCCGUGCUUUGCGUUCGUGGAAGAGUCCAUCGUCAACAGAACGGCGCUCAAGGGGCUCAACGUGGCCAAUCUGUACGAUCUCCGGUCCGCCAGUGCCGAGCUCAUGCAAGCCAUCCUGGACACGCCCACAAGCUCGAAAGACGACAGUUUGCACUUUCAACGGGCACUCUAUCGUGUGAUCGACUCGGCCGAGCAAGUUCUAGGGCAACUCAAGAAACUCCUGUCCAAGCAAGACAGUUUGGUCGCCAUCUUGAAACACACCCCGCUCAAGCCCAACGCGUUCUUCAUUGCGCCAGAAUCGACGCACCAGUAUGCGACGGUGCAACUGCAAACGCUCGUGUCGGACCCGGCGUCCAUGGCGAUCGUGAGCCGGGCGUACCAAGUGCUCACGGUGGACAACUUUGACGCCGAGCCGCGGUCCGAGGAAGGCCAGCGCCGCCUCCGGUUCUUUGCCAACUCGCUGUUCAUGGACAUGCCGCUGGCCCAGUCGGUCAAGCGCAUGCACUCGCUGUCGAUCGCGACGCCGUACUACAGUGAGAUCGUCCUCUACUCGAUCAAGGAGCUCACGCAAGCCAACGACGACAGCAUCAAGCUGCUGUACUACCUCCAAACGAUCUACCACGUUGAGUGGGACCACUUUCUCGAGCGGUUCAAGGUCAAGGACGAGGCAGACGCGCUGGCCAAAGUGCCGGAAGAGGUGCAGCUGUGGGCGUCGUAUCGAGGGCAGACGCUGGCGCGCACGAUCCGAGGCAUGAUGUACAACGCCGAAGCGAUCCGGUUCCUGUACUGGCUCGAGCUCGGCAACAACGAGCCCAUGCCCGAGUCUGCCAACAAGGACCUGGACGAGAUGGUCGCGCUCAAGUUCAACUACGUCGUGACGUGCCAGAUCUACGGCAAGCAAAAGGACGAGGGCAAGCAGCAGGCAGGGGACAUUGAGUACCUGCUCAAGAAGCACCCUGGGCUCCGCGUGGCGUACGUGGACGGCCCGAAGAAGAUGAAGGAGGGUCCGCCAAAGUACUUUUCGUGUCUGGUGCGGGCGGCCAACGACAAGAUCGUGGAAGUGUACCGCGUGGAGCUACCUGGCGACCCCAUCGUCGGCGAAGGCAAGCCAGAGAACCAGAAUCAUGCCGUGAUCUUUUCCCGCGGCGAGCUCAUCCAGUGCAUCGACAUGAACCAGGACGGGUACUUGGAGGAGUGCUUGAAGAUGCCCAAUCUGCUGGCGACGGUGGACCGCCCCGAACAUGCCGCGAGCCCCGUGACCAUCAUUGGGUUCCGCGAGUACGUGUUCACUGGCGGCGUGUCCAACCUCGCUAGCUUCAUGCAGAUCCAGGAGCUGUCGUUCGUGUCCCUCGGCCAGCGCAUGCUCGCGUACAACUAUGUGCGGCAGCACUAUGGUCAUCCAGAUAUCUUUGACAAGCUGUUCGCGAUGGGUACGGGGGGUACGGCCAAGGCAUCGCGGGGGAUCAACCUCUCGGAGGACAUCUUCGCCGGCUUCAACAUGACGCUGCGGGGCGGACGGGUCUCCCACGAAGAGUUCAUCCAGGUGGGCAAGGGGCGCGACGUGGGCAUGCAGCAGCUCGCGCUCUUCGAAGCCAAGCUCUCGUCCGGCGCCGGCGAGUGCGUCACAUCCCGCGACGUCAUGCGCAUGGCCACGCGCCUCGACCUGUUCCGGCUGCAGUCGUGGUUCUACGGCAACCUCGGCUGGUACUUUACGCAGACCAUGACUGUGUUUGGCGUGUACUUUUUCAUCUACGGCAAGAUCUACUUUGCACUCAGCGGCAUGGACGCGUUCUACCUCCAGCUCGGCCGCCUCGGAAUCAGCGGCGUCCUCAACACGUCAUGGGCGCUCCAGUUUGGCUUCCUUCUCGUCGUGCCUGUCAUUGGCGUCGUGGGGGUCGAAAGUGGAUUUCGGCAUGGCCUAACCUUCGUACUUUGGAACGUGCUGAGUCUGGGCCCGCUCUUCUUUACCUUCCAAAUGGGCACUCGGAUGCACUACUUUGAUCGGACGUUGAUCCACGGAGGAGCGAAAUACCGCGCCACCGGACGGGGGUUCACCAUCAAGCAUGAAAAGUUUGCCGAAUUGUAUCGGUUCUACGCGUUCUCGCACUUUUACCGCGGCGUGGAGCUCAUGUUUCUGCUGUGCAUGUUUGGCAUUUACGGGUCGUUCAACUGGUGCAACUGCUCGUGGACAUUGGAUCGCACGUUUUACAACGACCAGGAACCGCUCCCAUAUGAAUGGAAGGCUCGAUGUUAUGCCAACUUUUACCAGCAGUGCGUACUACCCACCAACCAGAACUACGGCAUCAUGAGCUACUCGCUGUGGCUGAUUGCGGCGACGUGGGUGUGGGCGCCGUUCUUCUUUAACCCGAGCGCGUUCGACUGGGACAAGAUUAUCGUGGACUACCGCGACUGGCAGCAUUGGCUCAAGACCAAGAAUGACUCGGCCGACAGCUGGUACGGGUGGUGGAUGUCCGAGCUCGAGUUCAUGGAGCACUCGACGGGAUUCUCUCGCUUCGUUACGUGGGUUCGCAAGACGAGAUUUCUGGCCGUCGCGUUCGGCAUCUACCUCCAACUCAUGCACCGGUUGUUCUACAAGGACCUGCACAAGGCCGUGGCGGACGAUGGCGCGGCGUCCGUGAAACCCAUCAUACUGGCCGGCGCUAUCUUUGCCGUCCUCUUGCUCCUUGGGUGCUGCGGCUACAUUGCUAGUCGCGUGACCAAGAAGCUCAUCCUGAAACAACGGCAACUGCGCAAACUCAAGUUCAACCUCUCCGCGGCGUUGCUCGUGGUCGCCGUGGUCGGUCUGCUCUACCUGUCGAUGCGAACGCUAGUCGAAGUGCUGGUCAUAGUCUGCUUGGGCGCGUACUGGUUCCUGCAAGUGACGAUCUGCCGCGUGCGGCACGACCACAUCGUCGCGACCAAGAUCGCGCAAUUCUUCGACAACGUCGUGGGGUGGAUCGUGUUUUGCCCGAUUCUGUUCGUGGCCAUGUUCGUCCCGUUCGUGUCGUCCUUCCAGCAGCGCAUGAUGUUCAACAGCGCAUUCACGGCAGGUCUGGAAGUUUCCAAGCUCCUCGGGAACGACGUCAUCAAGCUGGACGACGGCAAGAAGGCCAAGCCGACCAAGGCGAAGAAAAGUCCCUCCUCUGAACAGCACAAACACUAACAUAUGGGGCUUGGGUUAAACAUGUGGGACUUGGUUGGCUUAACAGUAAAUCCACCAAUCAAACUCCAUUAAAGUGUCCCUUUC